UCACUUGUUUCUCGUUUUUUAACCUAAAAACUUAUUAUCAUGUCUGGUCGCGGUAAAGGAGGCAAAGUAAAGGGAAAGUCAAAGACCCGUUCAAGCCGUGCUGGACUCCAGUUCCCAGUCGGUCGUAUCCAUCGUAUGUUGCGUAAAGGAAAUUACGCAGAACGUGUUGGUGCUGGUGCUCCAGUCUACCUCGCAGCUGUCAUGGAAUACUUGGCCGCUGAAGUUCUCGAGUUGGCAGGCAACGCUGCUCGUGACAACAAGAAGACUCGUAUCAUCCCACGUCAUCUCCAAUUGGCCAUCCGUAACGACGAGGAGUUAAACAAACUUCUCUCAGGAGUCACCAUCGCUCAAGGUGGAGUCUUACCCAACAUCCAAGCUGUCUUGUUGCCCAAGAAAACCGAAAAAAGCAGCUCUUAAAUUGAACAUCAAUUCAAAUAAAAAAACAAAACGGCCCUUUUCAGGGCCACCAAAUUUUUUAAAACGAAAGAAUCUUAUUUAAGUU